AUGAAGGAGGAUAUUGGUAUCAUAGAGAAGAAUGACACUUGGAAGCUGGUUGAUAAACCCAAGACAGAAAUGAACAAAUUUAUGUCGACCAACCGGAAGGCUUUCAAGUUGGAGGAAUUGAAGAUAAAAAGUGAAAAUGAAGCUACUUUAUAUGUGAAAAAGGCUAAAGGUGGAGAUGUUCUAGUGGUAUCACUCUAUGUUGAUGAUAUUCUGGUAACCGGAAGCAAUAAAGCUAUGGUGAAUCAAUUCAAGCAAGAAAUGGAGACCAAGUUUGAGAUGUCAGAAUUGGGUGAAAUGAAUUACUUUCUGGGAAUGGAGAUUCAUCAAGCUACUGAUGGAAUUUUCAUUUCCCAGAGAAAAUAUGCAUGGGAUGUUCUUAAAAAAUUCAAGAUGGAGAAGUCAACAAGACCUGAUCUCAUGUUCACGGCAAGUUUUUUGUCAAGGUUUAUGCAUUCUCCAAUUCAAAUUCAUCUUCGUAUUGCCAAACGAACAUUGAGGUAUAUCAAGGGAACUGUUGAUUAUGGUAUUUGGUUUAAAAGGGAAGAGCAAGGGCAAUUGAUGGGUUAUUCAGAUAGUGAUUGGGCAGAAAGUGUUGAUAUGAAGAGCACUUCUGGAUAUGCCUUUACAGUUGGUUCAGGCAUGUUCUCAUGGAAUUCAAGGAAGCAAGAUGUGGUAGCUCAAUCAUCUGCAGAGGCAGAAUACAUUGCUGCUGCUGGUGCAUCUAAUCAGGCUCUAUGGUUACGAAAAAUUCUACGUGAUCUAGAGAAAAAUCAAAUUGAAGCUACUGUCAUUAAGGUUGACAACAAGUCGUCAAUUUCUAUGGCCAAAAAUCCAUUGCAACAUGGUCGUAGUAAGCAUAUAAAUGUGAAGUUUCACACUAUCGGGCAAGUAUAG